AUGGCUGAAGUUCUUGGCGUUAUCUCUGGCCUCUAUACAGCAGGACAGGCUCUACACACCUUUGCCCUUGAAAUCAGACAAUGGAGACGACUAUCCGAACGACUCUUCGACAUCAAAGAAGGGCUUGACUAUGCGAAACUAUCUCUAGACAGCUGGCAACAGAAAUAUGACAUCCAAGUGCAUCGACCCCAUGUUCACACCAGGAUCUUGUUUGGAAAAGAAGGGCACGAAAGGAUCACGGCCACAAUCGGUACUGUGAAUGUGAUCACCGGAAGUAUCAAGAGCGACAUCAAACGAGUCAGAGGCCUUGCCCUUAAUUUCGAGUCUAGAAGAGGAUAUUAUGGAGAAACUCAGCACUUGAGUAACGAGGAUCGGGUCAAGGAGUGUCUUUGGAGAAUUCGCCACAACACCACAUGGUCGCGCAGAUUCGAGUUGAGCGUCUUUGGAAAAGCAAACGAUCUGGAAGAGCGUCUCAGGCGAUUAUACCAAAAGCUGACCAUGCUCGAACGUUUUACCGACUUUUACCUCGAGCGAGAGCACGCAGAGAUCUUCUCGGAAGUCAAGCGACUCCCUGGACGGCGAGUGAUAAUCAAGGUCGGAGACGGAAGGACGGAUACGAUACAGAGCAGGGUUCUGGACGCCGUUCGCGCCCAAAAAGAUGCUGAGCGAUUACACCGAUGCAGCGACUCCAGCCAGAACAAUCGACUACAUCUCGGUUUAUCCAUCCCUCGCAUUCAUAAGCGCGACUUCGCGUUCUUGCUCAACAUGAACGGGGCGAGCCAUGAGAUCAUCGUCCAUCCUGUGACCCUUAAGGCUAUCUAUGAACCAGCUUUGGUGCCGAAGAAUUUCGCUACUGCUGUGUCAAGUCUCAUGAACAGGACGCAGGAUAACUGCUACCUGAUACCGCCUUUGUCAACAUCAGCAGGCUUCACGGUCAAGAAACCACCAACAAACCUUCUCUCUGACUUGCAGUACAAGGAAGCCCUAUCGAGUGUGAUUCGCGAUCAGAACGUCUACCUCGGCUCACAAACGCUAUACUCUCAAGACCAAAAUGCGAUAGCGACUGGCAUCGCCCAAGGCUGUUUCCGAUUGAUAGGAAGCCAAUGGUUGUCAUUCCUCGACUGCUCGAAUGUACGCUGGCGGAGAACGAAGGAUGGGAAGUGGGCUAGCAUGCUGACCGCAGCGCCUGGCUCAUCGAUGACAACACGUACCCUGAACCAAUGCUACCAAAUGAAUCGCCAAAGGAGAGAUGGUCGCGAUCUCUCCAAACACAUCCAAAUCUUCCGCAUCGGACUCGUCCUCGCCGAGAUAGCACUCAAAUCACCAUUUUCGUACAUCGAUUUCGACACCGCGACCCACAAGACACGCUUGUACAUCAACGAUGGCGAGGAGGUCAGUGCUCACGAUGUCGCAUCGCAGGUCGAGCUGAGGAGCAACAUGUUAUUGGGAAACAUGGUGUUUUUCUGUCUUAAUGUACUGCAAGACAAUGAUAUUAUGACGGAGAAGAGCAUCGAAAGUAGCUAUUAUCAGGAUGUACUCGGGCCGGCGGAAGAGCUGGAAAGGUUCUUCGGGGCUGACAGGCGAAGAGGUGGCUUGAGUCCAGGCUCGAGCCCAAUGGGGAGUGGAGCGAACACGCCAAGAUCAGCUGGGAGUUCAUAUGUGUAUUGA